AACAAAAUGCUGUUAAACCGAAAUCACCACGUUACCAUUCCCAUUUCGCCGAACCCUAGAUUCAACCACAUCUAACCAUGACCACCAGCCUCAAGAAAAACCGCAAGAAGCGCGGCCACGUCAGCGCCGGCCACGGACGCAUAGGCAAACACCGCAAGCAUCCUGGAGGACGAGGAAACGCCGGAGGCAUGCACCACCACCGCAUCCUCUUCGACAAGUACCAUCCCGGUUACUUCGGUAAAGUAGGAAUGCGUUACUUCCACAAACUCCGCAACAAAUUCCACUGUCCAACGGUGAACAUCGACACUCUCUGGUCUCUUCUUCCUCAAGAGGUGAAGGAUAAAGCUUCUAAAUCGAAGGAAACUGCACCAGUGAUCGAUGUUACUCAGUUUGGUUACUUUAAGGUUUUGGGUAAAGGUGUUUUGCCGAAGAAUCAGCCUGUUGUUGUUAAAGCUAAACUUGUUUCCAAGAUUGCUGAGAAGAAGAUUAAAGAGGCUGGUGGUGCUGUUCUUCUUACUGCUUAGGUUUUUUUUUUUGUCUUUUAAGUUCUAUUUUAAUUUUAAUAAUUAUUAAGUAAUGUUUGAGAGUUUGAUCUAUUUGAACUGAGUAAUUGAUAGUUGAUAUUUCCGAAUUUUUUAUGUUAUUUCUCAUGGUGUUUUGGAUUUUAAGUUGAAUGGUUGGUUUUCUGAUUUUGAAGUA